AUGGGCAAUUGCUGUUCGCGAGUCAAAAAGAAAGAAGGCGAUUUGAAUACAAGUGAAUCCAUUGUACAUAAAAUUAACUACGAUUGCCGUGGAUUUAGUCUGCAUGACAUGUCUCUCCUUAACAAAAAACACGAUCCUAAAGGUGCUACUGCUCAAACAAAAUAUCGAUACUUUGGAGACGUUCAACUUAUAGCUAUUGAUAAACUUUUCAAAGCACCGUCGAUUAAAGCAGAUGAAGAUUUCUCGUUAAACGCUCCCAACAUAGAAAACACGGAUGAAUUUCGAAUACUAUUCUGUAAAGAUUACGAUGAUCCAUUCUAUCUACGAUUACUGGAGACUAUGACACCAAUGGAAGAUCUUGAGUACGCGGAAAUGGAAACACAGAUGGGAUCACAUGAACCAGUAAAGUCACCCUCACCGACGAAGUCACCAUACCUACAGAAAAGUAGUAUUAGCGAAAAGAGGUCAUCCAGCAGCACUAAGGUAGCCAAGUCUUCCGCUUCGCCCAGCUCUCAGUCACAAGAGAAAAAGCCUGCAAGUAGACGUAAAGAAGGGGAGAUAAAGAAGGAUAAAAGUGCAGAAAUUGCUGUGAAACCUACACAAACAUCCCAGUCACUGAGGAAAAGUACAACGGGUGGGAAAGCACACGGUCACGAAGAAAUGAGAACGGAACCAACUAUGCAGGACACGGAUAAGUAG